AAUCAGAAGUGCGAUAUUCGCUGCUGGACUGGAGGCAGCGCUACUGGUUCACGGUGCAGCCGCACACCGGCGUCGUGGCGCUAGUGUCUCCUCUCGACAGAGAAACUACAUCACACCUGACGGUGCCGCUGGAGGCGCGUACGUCUCAGGGCAGCGCAGAAGCGACGUUGUACGUCACCGUCGAAGACGUCAACGAGUUUCCGCCGCGUUUUGCCAACGACGUUUAUCAGACGCAGAUUACUGAGGAAGACGACAGACACCUGCCCAAGCCGGUCAUUCAGGUGGUCGCGCGGGAUCGUGAUGGUGGCAGCUGGGGAGUGCUGCGCUACUCCCUCAGUGGGGACGGGGUCUCCCAAGCCCAGGACCCCCACCCUCAGGAUCCCAAUCCUAACCUCCACAAUGAUAAUCUUAACAAUGAAGCUACGAGACGUCAAUAUUUUCCCCAAUCAAGAUCAUCGUCUCUGAGUACACCACAUCAGCCAGAAUUGACACCCAUAGCAAAGUCGUCGUUACGACUUCUCCCGGUCUCUUCGUCGCUCGUCAGUGACAUCGUCCUCGGUCUCGCGGGUCCGGCGCUUCGGUCUCCAGGGGCGCCGCCCCCCGCCGUCGCACCGCCCUCGGUCUCCAAGAGCAAACACUGGACGCGUCGCCGGGCUGCCUUCUCCAUUGAUCCCGAGUCCGGCACCAUCUACGUGCUUAAGCCGUUGGACCGUGACGCACCAACGGGCCAUGCGCGCUGGCGUCUGACGGUCACGGCCACGGACGGGCAGUACACGGCCUCCACUGACGUACUCGUCAACCUCAAAGACGUCAACGACAACGCACCCGUCUUCCCGCAUGACGUCGUCGACGCCAACGUCUUGGAAAACUCGAUGUCAGGAACGACCGUGGCGGUAGUGACUGCGCACGACGCAGACGACCCGCAUGAAGGCGACAACGCCCGCCUGUCGUAUUCGCUGCUGAAGAACGUCAUUGAUGAACGCUCCCGCCUGCCUAUGUUCACAGUUGACAGGCAGACGGGGGCUCUGCGUACGGCCGUCUGCUGUCUAGACAGGGAGCACACGUCGUCUUACGGGCUUGUGAUUGCUGCUACUGACGGAGGAGGUCUUCAAGGUACUUGCACCGUUACCGUAAACAUCGACGACGUCAACGACGUUCCUCCUUCCUUCGUGCGAUCGCACGUCGAUGUCUUGGUCCCCGAACAUCGUCAACCAUCUUUCCAGCGUUCUUCGUCCCAUGGAGCAUCGCCAUCCAACGGAGCACCGUCAUCGUCCGACGUUUCGUCCGACGGAGUUACCUCGUCUAAAGAAGUCACGUUGCCCAAAGAAGAACUAUCAUCCAGCGCAAUGUUGUCUUCCAACAGAGAAUUUCCCUCCCGCGGCCUUCCAUCGUCCAAAUCUCGCAGCAACGUCUCUGAAAAUUUCAUCUCGACUCUCGCGGUGACGGAUCCUGAUACAAGCAACGUGUUUGCUUAUCGGGUGGUGCCAGGGAGCGGUCACGGCUGGCAGCUGGUGGAAGUGGCAGCAAGCACAGCUGGUGCAGACCUGUUCUCUAGAGUGCCGCUGGAUUUUGAGAACCCACAGCACAGAGCGGGACUCAACUUUAGAGUGCAGGUCACCGAUCAGGGCGACAUGCCGUGGAGCUCGCACCCCCGCGUGUCGGAAUGCUCUGUCACGGUCACCGUCCAGGUGUUCGCUGGUCACGGUAACGAUAGAUGGUUCGCUGGUCACGGUAACGAUAGUUCGCUGGUCACGGUGAACGUCGACGACGUGAACGACAACCCUCCCUUCCUGCUGGGGGGGUCCAGAGUGCAGCUCCCCCCCAUGGCAGGGGGCAGCGAUGGUGGAGGGCUGGGGUUGCCUGCAGGGUCAAGGGUUCCCUUCACCUUAACCCUAGACGACCCUGACGACUGGCCUCAGGGUCAUGGCCCGCCCUUUCAUCUCGACCCUCAUCUCACGGCUGAUGCUGGGUACAGGGUUAGCUUCUACCCUGGACGAGCGUCUGCUGGUGGAGGAGUUGUGGUGGCAGCUGAACUGCUGACACUGAGGCCACUCAGUGCAGCUGUGUCAGUGCCACUGACAUUGUCAGACGCUGGUUCACCGCCUAUGCGACGGCAGAUGACGCUGACUCUGGUACCUCACUCAGCUGAGUCAGCUCAUCGAAACGUCAGCCUCGUUAAGAUUGCCACCGUCGUGUCAGCUCACGCGGCCCCUCCAGCUCCCCUCGGGCGUCUCCCUCGCCUGCCCUUCCCUGGCGACGCAACGCAACGCCACGGAACCGACACUGAAACGGAUAAUGUAUCCUCACUAUUCAGGGAUAAAUUCAGGUUCAACUUCUAUGAACCUGACCCUGUUACUGGGAAAUCAUUGGGUAAUUCUAGCCGUGGAUUAGAUAAAUUCAGCGCUCGAAUUACAUGGCAGGGAGCUAAUUCAGGAAUCCGUCUGGAUAGCGACUCAGGAUCGUUGCUACUGGAUCCUGCAGCUGGGCUGGGACGACAUGAAGCAAAGCUGCUUCUCUCGUCAGCGUCGGGCGAAGCGCACGAGCUGACUGUUUACGCUGACGUCAGCAGCGUCGGAGUUGCUGACGCGCUGAAAUCUACACCAAUCGAUCUCGCCAUCUUGCCUCACGAGCUCCUGACGAAUGCUGACGCUGAAGAACCAAACUCAGAAUCUCCUCUGGACCGACUCCUGAGGCUGCUGAAUCAGCAUCUUGCAGACUACUCAGAAUUAUCAAGGGCAGACUCCCCAAAGUCGCACGAUAUGUCAGCCCAUCGGCCACACGUCAUGGUUGUGGCUGUAGAAACCAUACGGCGCAACCAUGACAGCCACACCAGAGUGUGGCUCCUUCAACAGCCACCUGAAAGGCACCUCAGAUUUGCCCUGGAGCCUCUAAUAUUCCAGCAUCAACAUAAGAUCGAGGCCGAAGUCGGUGCUGCUGUGUUGGGCGCGGGCGUUUCGACGCUGGGCGACUGCGCGUCUCGACGAGUUGCGUGCCGCUGUUGCUGCCGCGACCGCGCGGCGCUGGACCAGCGCUGGCACCUCGCGGAUGCCGGCGCUCGCAGCCACGCCGGGCCUUCCCUGCGUAUAGAAUCUUUGUGCAGGUGUCCAGUGCAGGACGGCGCCGAAGAGGAGCGCGGGCAGCUGGCUAGCCUGACUUCGGCGCACGCGGUCACCGCCGGGCUCGAGAUCUGUGAAUGUGGCCCCGAUAUCUGUGGAUGUGGCCCUGAGAUCUGUGGAUGUGGCCCCGAGAUCUGUGGAUGUGGCCCCGAGAUCUGUGGAUGUAGCCCCGAGAUCUGUGGAUGCUGUUUGUCGGCCGUUCGCGUCUUUGGACAUUUGCUGCCCUUGCCUGAAAUUGUCAAUAAUAACCACAGCAGCAACAACAGCAACAAGAACACGAGUAAUUCAGCUGGCUCAGUAACGUCUUUUGCAAACGUCAUCUCGGGAUGCACGUCGCCGUCUGUGUGCACCAACACCAGCUGUCCUCCUCCUCUGACCUGCGGCCACAGCUGGGGCCUCAACACUUGCGGGUGCGCCGCUGGCGAGGAACUCUCGCGUGACGGCACCGCGUGUUUAGACGUCGACGAAUGCCGCUACGACCCUUGCCUCAAUCUGGGCGUGUGUGUAAACACUCAUCCUGGGUACCGCUGCGUCUGCGGACCGGCGCACCGCGGAGAGCACUGCGAGUGGGGCGCCGCCGGGGCGCUGGAGGCUCCAUACUCGCUUAGCAUUCUGGUGGCUUCAGCUGUCGCCUCAGCAGCUGCACUGUUGCUCAGUAUGGACCUCGUUAAUCUACCUCCCCCAACUGGCGGGUCCAUCGACAUGGAAGACCCAGACAUACUUCUCCCUCCACCGCCCCUGCACUUCAACCCCAGCAGCACAACCUUCGGGUUUGAUGGUGGAGGCCUGAACUUCAGAGCAGGUUCCCUUCAAUGA